UCGUUACCUUAUCCCAAAAUCGCCAGAGAGUAGUACUAGGCUUAGGCAAAGAUCGAGAGGGGCUUUGGAUUUCAACAAUAAAUAUCCUUUAGUUCUUUAGAGUGAGUUUGUCAAAGAGACAGAAAAAUAUUAGCAACGUGCAAUAGUUAUAUAGCAAAGAGGAGAAAAGGGCAAGGAGAAUGGUGGACAGAGUAGUGGAAAAGACAAAAAUGAACCUCAAAGGAGAUCAUUCCAUGCCUGCGUCUAUGGUGAGGGAGACGUCUGUUGAUUGGAGAGGCAGACCUUGCAAGCCUAAUAAGCAUGGCGGAAUGACUGCUGCUAUUUUUGUCCUAGGUCUCCAAGCUUUGGAGAUGAUGGCAAUUUCCGCAGUUGGGAACAACCUGAUAACUUAUGUGUUCAAUGAGAUGCACUUUCCCCUGUCAAAGUCUGCAAACAUAGUAACAAACUUUAUAGGGACAGUCUUCCUCCUCUCACUCCUUGGUGGGUUCCUCUCAGAUUCUUAUCUUGGGAGCUUUCGGACCAUGUUGAUCUUUGGCUUUGUGGAGCUCUCUGGUUUUAUACUACUUUCCGUUCAAGCCCAUCUUCCAGAAUUAAGGCCACCAAAAUGCAACAUGAUGUUGGAGGGAGCUGGCCACUCAUGUGUGGAGGCAAAGGGCUACAGGUCUUUGAUAUUCUUCGUUGCACUCUACUUGGUGGCUGUAGGAAGUGGGAGUUUAAAACCCAACAUAAUAUCUCAUGGAGCUGAUCAAUUCAGAAAAGAUGACUCCAAGCAAUCCAGGAUACUCUCCUCUUAUUUCAACGCCGCCUACUUUGCUUUCUGCAUGGGGGAGCUUAUCGCGCUUACCGUUCUCGUUUGGGUCCAGACACAUUCUGGGAUGGAUGUUGGAUUUGGAGUCUCAGCAGCUGCCAUGGCAGCCGGAUUGGUCAGCUUGAUUUUGGGCACGCUUGUUUACCGGAACACACCGCCCAGCGGAAGUAUCUUCACCCCUGUUGCUCAAGUUCUAGUUGCUGCAUUUACAAAAAGAAAGCAAAUCUGCCCUUCAAAUGCAGGGAUGCUUCAUGGAAACCAAAACAAUGUGCCGAACCAUGUUCUUGCCAUGUCACCUAACAUCAGUGCUAAUCUCCUCCAUACCGAAAAGUUCAGGUUUCUUGACAAGGCCUGCAUAAAAAUUGAAGAUGGAAUUCGGACGAGUGAAAGUCCAUGGAAGCUAUGCACGGUGGCCCAAGUCGAGCAAGUGAAGAUUAUUAUCUCAGUUAUUCCCAUAUUUGCCUGCACCAUCAUUUUCAACACCAUUUUAGCACAGCUCCAGACGUUCUCAGUCCAACAAGGAAGCGCAAUGAACACCCGGAUCACAAGAAGCUUCAACAUCCCUCCAGCUUCGCUUCAAUCCAUUCCUUACAUUAUGCUAAUCUUUCUUGUCCCUCUGUAUGAAACUGCCUUUGUACCACUUGCUCGAAAAUUCACUGGAAGGGACUCGGGAAUCUCGCCUCUUCAAAGGGUGGGCGUAGGGCUCUUUAUCGCUACUUUCUCUAUGGUUUCGGCUGCAACGGUUGAGAAGAAGAGAAGAAACUCGGCUAUUCACUUGAAUGAGACACUCUCCAUCUUUUGGAUUGCCCCACAGUUUCUCAUCUUUGGCCUGUCCGAGAUGUUCACUGCUGUGGGGCUAAUAGAGUUUUUCUACAAGCAGUCUGUGGAAGGGAUGCAAUCCUUUCUAACUGCUAUGACUUACUGCUCAUACUCAUUUGGAUUCUAUUUGAGCUCCCUCCUUGUUUCGCUAGUGAACAAAAUAACCUCAAGUUCUGCUGGUGGUGGCUGGCUAAGUGACAAUGACCUCAACAAGAACAGGCUGGAUCUUUUUUAUUGGUUGUUAGCUGCCCUCAGCCUCAUCAACUUCUUCACUUACCUUUUAUUGUCUAAAUGGUACUCUUAUAACCCAUCAGUAGUACUAUCAUCCACUCCACCACAAGAUCAUCAGCCAUAUGGACUAGAAGACCCGGAAAACCACAAGCUGAACCCCUCAAAGCAAUUUGGUGCUGACAAUAUUUUACCUUAAGUCACAGUGUCUAUCUGGUGAUUAUUUCUUUGACUUAGACCUAUUUCUUACUCUUGUGUAUGUAUCGAAAGAAAAGUAAACCCUAGACUGAUAACUACUGAAUAGUCUUAGACCCACUAGGUGCACCUGCUUGGUUGAUAAAAUUGCCUUUUCCUUCUAUUACAGUAAUUAAACUGUGUAGGGAGGGGGCGGAUCUCUGAAGGGUCCCCCAUGGUUCUUGAGUUGAUUCCAAAGGCUGAUCUAUAACGAAGUUAGUCCUAAGCCCAUGAACCAGAAGAUGCAGUACUGCACGCUCCUAGUCCUCAGGAUCCCUUUUACUUCUUUAGUGUCUCUCAGUACUGGUCAUGCAUGUGUAAGGAGGACCUCUUCUCAUUUUUCUUUAUGGUAAAGGAAUAUGUAAGUGGUGGGGUCGUGCUUUAAUUCUCUACUUUAGUUAGUUAUAAAAAAGGAGGGUCUUUUAAAAGCA